GUCUAUCACUGACAUCAACUUUUUACUACUAGGCGGAUGAUGUGCCAAUGAAAGUCAUAGGUUAAUCUUAGUGCUUGUCAAAAGUGUCAUAGCAGCUCUGUCUACUACCCAUUUGUGCUCCUUGUGGAACGUUGUUUCUCACCAUCCUUGUAACAGAGCUUUUCACUCUGUUGGACUCUGACAAGCCCCUUCACAUUACAUAUUAGAGAAACAUUUCUAUGUUCUAUGGAAUGAUAGAGCAAUCUUUAUGGAAACAGACUUCAAGUAGCCCAGCGUCCGAACAGUGUGGCCACACAUCUGGAGUUCUCAAAUCUAAAGCAAUGUAAUGCCAAACGCUUUGCCCUCUGCCCUAUCAGAACUCCCACCGCCUUCGAUUUCAGGAAUUCUACCAAAUGCCACCCCUCUCUUCUCUUCCUGUGCAAGGGUUUUUAGAGUCCCUUUUCCCGUACAUGCCCACUUCUUCUAAUUGGUCACUUUGGUAAAUUAGCCAAUAGACAAAAAGAGGAGUUGACCUGUCUCCCUGCUCAUCUCCAUAACUCAUCAACUUAAGGUCUUCUCCCCAAACUGACACCUUUAUUCUUCUACGGAACAUAAACGUUUGGGCAUCUCCCACCAUUUGGCGUGCAGGCCAACCUCAGGUUUAGUACUUUAUGAUGGCUAAACUUUCACACUCACACAACUGAAAAACUGCUUUAGGACCCUUGGAGCUGUCUCUGACUGUAUCUCUCCAUUGAAUCUUUUCCUCUUCCGGAAAAGGCCUGCAUGCGCAGUUUGCACGUCUACAUGCAGAGCUCGAAUCCCCUUUAUAAACCACGCCUGGGUCACCCAGAAAGUCAUAGCCAUUGCAAACAGGGUGACAGAAAGCUCAGAACUGCUCAAAGCAAAGAAAUCGCCUAUCAUUUCAACCAUUUCAGUUGAGCUUUAUUUUCUCUGGGUACCAUGUGGAAAGCUGUGAUGCUGGCUAUGUGUCUGCUGGUGGCUGGGGUUCAGCCCAUGGAUGACCCAACAUAUGGGGUGAAGCUGUGUGGUCGUGAGUUCAUCCGUGCAGUCAUCUUCACUUGCGGGGGGUCACGAUGGAGACGGUCAAUCAGUGCAGAUGUUUUGGAGGACCCAUUCAGCUCCCGUCAGGAAGAUUCUUCAGAGGGCUUGAAUCACAACUCUGUGGUGGAGACUCUCCUCCAAAGGAACAGAGAAUUAAGCUUCACGCCUACAGACAACAAGGAGGGCGUGUUCAGCAGGCCGGCCCGUUCUUUCAUCACAGAAGAGAUCCUGGAAGCCCUUCGCAAGGCUGACCGCAAAGGCCGGGACGUGGUGGUGGGCCUGUCCAAUGCCUGCUGCAAAUGGGGCUGCAGCAAGAGUGAGAUCAGCUCCCUUUGCUGAGAGUCACCAGCAGACAUAUAUUGUACACAUAAUUACACAGACACACAAAUAUACACACAAACUCAUGGAUCUUAGGUCAUGUUAUGUCCUGUGUCAUUCUGUUAACCUAUGACAUUAAUUGUUUGAAUUGUUGUUGGGUUUUUUUCCAAGUAUCUAUGAAGUGUAUGGAAAGGGCUUCCAUGUGUUCAAAAAUGUUUACAUAUAUUUUUCUCUUGAAAAAUGCAUUCUUGACUUUGUAAUGAACAGCUUUCAAUCUUGAACUAAGCUGUUUUGUCCUUCCCAACCACUAUCAUACACGCUGUUAUUUAUAUAUAUUUUUCUGCUUUAAGAUGAAUUGCAAUGACGGCAAAAUAAAUCAGAAUGAAUAAUCUUGUUUGUCAGUCAUUAGUGGAUUAGGGAUUUUGCAUUUGUUUCAUAGCACAAGAAGUGCUAGAUGGGUUAAAUAUUCAGACUCAUAAUACAAAAUUGUGUUAAAGAAGCACUGGAUUGUUUUAUUGACAUUUCCACAACUACAGAGGCUAAAAAGUAGCAUCACUUCGCCAAAAAUACAACACACACUAGCCUUUCGUAUUUUGUAUUUCAUCCACACUUCCCUAAAAUCAUACACCACGGUGACAUGUGACAUGUUAGUGAUCAAAUAAAUACUGAUCUUACCCUUGUCUUUGUGAUUUAAAGAGGGAUGAUGUCACCUCUUUGAGAUGAACCUCCCGAUCAGCGAAGUUGGGGUGGGGACAUUAAUAUCUGGCAGAAAUACUAACCUGUGUGGCGAAAAGUAGGUAACAGCCAAGAUAUCAUGUUAAAAUAUUACUUCAAGUUAUCCAUAGGAAUCGCACUUUAGUAAAACUCUUUAAGUAUCUGACCAUAAAUAUACUUAAGUGUCAAAAGUAAUUUUCAAAAAACUCCAAACUGGUUACUGGUGAAUAAAGUUAGUUAAAUAAAUGUAGAAACAGGUUAGAAACCACUUUUAAUAUUUAACAAAGCCUUCAAUUUCAUACAUCUAUAUGUUUAAAUGUAAAAUCCUAAUCUCGAAAGAAACUACAGCUGUCAAAUAAUUGCAUUGCAAUAGAAUCUACAUUAUAUACGUCUGCUUUGUGGAGGAGAAGAAGUAGACGUAGCGGGAGAAGGAAUGUGCAAGUUAAAAAAAAGAGUUUCGUUCUGAGUAAGACGUUUCAGGAACUCAUAGUAAGUUUACAAUCACUGCUUGACUUCUCAGUAGCUGUACUAUCCCGUGGACGAUCUAUUUUGCUCUCCUCUAUCUCCAAAACUUUGGUUAUGGUAAGAAGCCACAUGUGUUGUCUCGGUAUAUUAAAAAAAACGCCUUCUAACCACGACAAACACG